AGAUUUUACAUAUCAACAGAUAUUCUUCUGAAAUAGGUUAAACAUGAAGUGGCGUAAGAAUGGAGAUGCGAUCGAGCCAAUUGAUGGAAUUCCAAUGGAGAAUGGGAAGAAGAAAGAUACAACUGUGAAUGUGUCGACUGAGGAUGUCGGUUCCAUUGACUCUGACGAAGAGCCAAAAAUUGUUUACGAACCGUCGAAAAUGGAGAAGCUGAUUAAUUACAUGUUGUGCAGAGGUGAUUUGGCAAGCAGGGAGCUUUCUGUCAAACCUGUCACACUUCUUGGAUUGUUCCGGUAUGCCGAGCGAACCGAUUAUGCUUUGCUUUGUUUUGGAAUUUUCCUUUCGUUUAUUUCGGGAAUUGCGCAGCCGGGUUUAGGAAUCAUUGCUGGUAACAUUACAAACUCACUCCUUAUUCAUAACGCAACAAGUGACGAUUUCUACGACAGUGCAAUGACCAAUGUCUGGUUGUUUGGAGGCAUUGGAAUUAUUGUGCUUAUUGUGAAUUUCGUACAGUACAUGUGCUUCCAAUAUUGUUGCAUACGAAUCACAUCGAAAAUGAAACAGCAUUAUAUUCAAUCCAUCCUUCGUCAAAAUGCUGGAUGGUUUGACAAAAAUCAUUCGGGAACUCUGACUACAAAACUUCACGACAAUAUGGAACGUAUCAACGAAGGUAUCGGAGAUAAGUUGGGAGUGUUGAUCCGUGGAAUGGUGAUGUUUGUGGCCGGUAUCGUUAUUUCCUUCUUCUACGAAUGGCGUCUUGCACUGAUGAUGAUGGGAAUUGGACCAUUAUGCUGUGUCUGCAUGUCAUUGAUGUCCAGGUCUAUGUCAUCAUUCACUUCAAAAGAAUUAGCAGGGGUUGGAAAAGCUGGAAGCAUUGCUGAAGAGUCAUUGAUGGGAGUGAGAACAGUGCAAGCGUUCAAUGGACAAGAAGAGAUGGUUGAGAAAUACACCGUGGAACUUGGAAAAGGAAAAUCAUUUGCUAUUCAAAAGGGUCUUUGGGGUGGAGUGUUUGGUGGUAUCUUCUUGUUGUUCCUGUUCUCCUACUUUGGUGGAGGAAUCUACUAUGGUGGUCAACUUCUUCGUUGGAAAAUUAUUGAAACUCCUGGUGACGUAUUCAUUGUGGUUAUUUCCAUGCUCAUUGGUGCCUACUUCCUCGGUUUGAUAUCGCCACAUUUGAUGGUUUUAUUGAACGCCAGAGUUGCCGCUGCGACGAUUUAUGAGAUUAUAGACAGAACUCCUGAUAUCGAUGUGUAUUCGACAGAAGGUCAAAAGAUGACGAAUGUGGUGGGAAAAGUAGUAUUUGAGGAAGUGCACUUCCGGUAUCCAACUAGAAAGAAGGUAAAGGUUCUCAACGGACUAAAUCUAACUGUGAAGCCUGGAACUUCUGUGGCGCUCGUCGGACAUUCGGGAUGCGGAAAAUCUACGUCUGUUGGGCUUUUAACGAGGUUGUACGAGCCAGAAGGAGGAAAAGUGAUGAUUGAUGGACAAGACGUUCGUAGUUUGAACAUUGACUGGCUAAGGAAAACAGUUGGAAUAGUACAACAAGAACCAAUUCUUUUCAAUGACACUAUUCAUAACAAUUUAUUAAUUGGAAAUCCAUCCGCAACAAGAGAAGAUAUGAUCAGAGUCUGUAAGAUGGCUAACGCUCAUGAUUUCAUCCAAAAAAUGCCAAACGGGUACGAAACAAUGAUUGGAGAUGGAAGUGUUCAGCUUUCCGGCGGUCAAAAGCAGCGUGUUGCAAUUGCAAGAACUCUUAUCCGUGAUCCGAAAGUACUACUUCUAGAUGAAGCAACAUCUGCUCUCGAUGCUCAAAGUGAGAGUGUUGUGCAAUCAGCACUUAACAAUGCCGCAAAGGGCAGAACCACUAUAAUGAUUGCCCACAGAUUAUCAACUAUUCGUGAAGCUGACAAAAUUGUAUUUUUCGAAAAUGGAGUAAUUGUGGAGAGUGGAAAUCAUGAAGAGCUCGUUGCAUUGGGUGGAAGAUAUGCAAAACUUGUGGAAGCUCAGAAGUUCAAAGAAUCAGAUGACAUUGAAGAUAAUGGUGAUGAACAUGAAGAAGAAACUAGCACAGUUGGAAGACAUGAUCGUCUAUCCUCACGACAAGUCAGCUUUCAUAAGUCAUGCGAAUCACUGGCAAGUGCCGAUUUGGAAAUUGGAUAUGCUAGCACAUUCAACACGUUUACUCUUAAAACUGCGCAGGAAGAAAUUGAAAACGAAGAUUUUGCGGAGGAAGUUCAGCGAGUUAUGGAAGAGGAUGGUGUCAUAAAUUCUGGAUAUCUCGAUAUUUUCAAAAACGCUCAGGGCAACUACUUAUAUCUGUCUGUCGGUACAUUCUUUGCAAUUUUGAGAGGAUCAGAGCUUGCGCUACUAGCAAACAUGUUCGGUUUUGUAUUCGCAGCAUUUAAGGAGCCUGAGGAUGAAAUGGUCAAAGCUCUUGGUCUUAUAUUUAUCCUUUAUGUGGCACUUGGACUUUUUGUGUUCAUCACGCAAGUUAUUAGUGGUACACUUUUCACAAUUGUGGCUGAAAACCUUGGGCUGAAGUUCCGCGUUCAAUCGUUUAAAAAUCUUCUCUACCAAGAUGCAUCCUUCUUUGACAAUCCAGCGCAUGCCCCUGGAAAAUUGAUUACCCGAUUGGCAAGCGAUGCUCCAAAUGUAAAAGCAGUCGUGGACACCCGAAUGCUCCAAGUCAUCUACUCCAUCACCUCAAUUACAAUCAAUUUGAUUACUGGAUACAUAUUUUGCUGGCGAAUCGCAAUUGCAGGAACAAUCAUGAUCGUAUUAUUUGCAACCAUGAUGAUCAGCAUGGCAUACAAAAUUGCUCGCGAAAACUUGAAGCAAAUUAGGAAAGAUGAAGCUGGAAAAAUUGCAAUUGAGAUUAUUGAAAGUGUCAAAACAAUUCAACUCCUGACAAGCACUCAACGCUUUUUGACCCAUUACAAAGACGCCCAGUUAGUGCAACAUAAAAGUGAAAUGAGAAAAUCUUACAUUCAAUCUGUGAACAACGCCAUCUCGCAAACCUUUAUGUAUUUUGCAAUGUUUGUCUGCUAUGGUGUCGGAACACCACUCAUGUACCACGGCAUUGUUGAAGCAGAACCCACAUUUAGAGCUAUUAAUUGCAUGAUGAUGGGGUCCGUUGCUGUGAUGCAUUCAUCUCAUAACUUCCCAGAGUUCGUGAAAGCGAAAACUGCCGCUGGAAUGCUAUUUAAGUUGAUCUAUCGAAAAUCAAAAACCGGAGACGUGAUGGAAGGAAAUAAUACUGAAAUUCGUGGGAAUGUUCUUUUUGAGUCGGUCAAAUUUUCAUACCCACAACGACCAAUGCAACCUGUUAUGACGGACCUUCAUUUUUCGGCCCACAGUGGCCAAACUGUUGCCUUAGUUGGCCCAUCAGGCACUGGAAAAAGUACUUGUAUUGCCAUGCUUGAACGAUUUUAUGAUGUUUCCGGUGGAGCACUGAGAAUCGAUGGACAGAAUAUCAAAUCACUCUCCCUUCACCAUCUUCGAACACAAAUGGCAUUAGUUGGCCAGGAGCCCCGUUUGUUUGCAGGAACUAUUAAAGAAAACGUGUGUUUUGGGCUAAAAGAUGUCUCUGUUGAAAAAGUCCAUCAAGCUUUGGAACUCGCAAAUGCUUCCCGGUUCCUUGCAAACUUGCCAGCAGGCAUUGAUACAGAAGUUGGAGAGAAAGGAGGACAAUUGUCGGGAGGACAAAAGCAGAGAAUCGCAAUUGCCAGAGCAUUGGUCAGAGAUCCUAAGAUUUUGCUGCUAGAUGAAGCCACUUCCGCAUUGGAUUCGGAAUCUGAAAGGGCCGUACAAGAAGCGCUGGAUCGUGCUCGUGAAGGUCGUACUUGCAUCACAAUUGCCCAUCGCUUGUCGUCUAUUCAGAACUCCGACCUCAUUGUUUACAUUGAUCAUGGCAUGGUACAAGAAGCUGGAAACCAUGCUCACCUUAUGUCACUGAGAGGAAAAUACUACAAUCUUAUCAAAAAGCAAGAUCUUACCACGUGAUAUUAAUUACGUUGAUAGACGUUGUUGCUUUUUGUGCGGGUUUUGUUAUUUUUUUAAAUCAGUUUUAUAUAUACUUUCUGAUGUUAUACACAUAUUUAAUCGAAAUCACAAAUAAUAAAUGUUCAAUAUAAUUCCAA